CCCAUGGCGGUGGUUUGGUUUGUUGUGUCGUUUGGGAUGAGAGGAUUUGAUUGGUUUUUUUGAUGAUUUAAGAAGGUUAAUUUAUUACCGUAUGUCUUGUGUGUUCAUAAAGUAAAUAACUUUUUAUUAAUUACUCCCCUUCAUUUGUGUUUUGUGAUCCAUGUGUUCCUUAAUAUGACAUAUUUUAUAGAAUAUUCUUGCUCUAUUUACGCUAUUAUAUGCAGUAGUUAGAAGUUGCACAGUAACUUCUGUUAAUUUGUUUACUUUGUAAGACUGAUGAAACAAUAGGCUAGUGCAUAGCGGUAAUCUAAGUGCUUGGUUUUAUUCUUAUUCUACCCCCAGGCUAUUAUCCAGCCCAAGGCCUAGUGAAUAAUGGACCAAGAAUUUCAGAGCUCGACAAUUGUAUCAAUAAUGCCAGAAUCUUUACUUGAUGUAGACAAACUAUUAAUGACAGAAAAACAGUUUAAGGUGGAAAAAUACAGCACUAUAGUAAAAAAGUAUGAAGAGUACGAGUUGGAAUAUGAACAUUUAUAUCAGCAAUGUUCAGAGUUUAAAAGAAAAAGAGAAGAACAGUUAAAGAAAAUUCAACUAGGCAUUGAAAAUAUUAAGCAAGAAGUUUACGAUAAAGUAAAUGAAGAAAAAAUAUUGAGAAAUCAAAUAUCAGAAGUGAAACAAAUAUUAAUGAAAACAACUUCGAGUUGUAAUGAAGACGAACUAUCUGAGCUCAUUAAAAAAGUGUGCUCAUUAAAGGAAGGAAUUGAGCAAAAGAGGAAAGUUGUCAGACUAGAAGUUGAGCAGUAUCAGAGAGGAAUAUUUUUCUACAAAACUUAUCUACAGUGCACAGUGAUUUGUACAAACAAAGACACAUUUAUAUUUACAAUUUGUCCAAGUGCAAAAAAUAUAUCUGAAGCUCAUGAAUACAUAAAAUUUAUAACAGAAGAUGGAGGCAAUUCUUUCAAGUAUGUUGAAAUGCAGCCACAGUUGAAGAUUGGACCAUUUCUAGUCAAAAGGUUUAUUGAUACAAAUGACAUACAGGGCUUCAUUCUAGCAUUCUGGAAAGCUGUGAAGUCACUGAAAACAAGAAGAGUUCUCAGUGAAAAAAAUAAAUGACUCUUACUUUACAAAUUUUAAAGAUUUUUAUAUCCUCAAAGUUAUAAUGUAAAUAAAUAUGUGUAAAUGACAUUUAUUAUGAGUAUCUUCAGAAUUAUUUCAAAUAUUUGUCAAAGCUCAUUUUUUUUAUAAUUCCCUAUACAGAGCCAAAGUAAUUACAGAAAGAAAGGAAAAUUAUAGCAACACUGGAAUGAGGUAUCAAUAUAAAUUUCUGAAAAUUAAUUUUUCAAUAGUGCUAAAAAAAUAUUGCACUGUGGAUAAACUCAUUUAAAUUUCAAUAUGGGUUUGGUGGAUGUAGAAAGUACUGUUGCUGGCUAUUUUGAUUGAGCAUGACCCACAACAGCAUAACAGUAAAAUGAUAAAUACAUAUUUUUUAAAUAUAUAAAUUUACUACUAA